AUGUUGGUGCUUUUGGGCGUUGGUUGUGUACUGAUAUACCUUUGUAUUGAUGAUGUACGCGGUUUUCGUCAUAUCCAGCCAGGGCCGUUUCCUCUACCACUGAUAGGAAACCUCCACCAUAUAAUCAUCGGAAACAUCAAAUAUGGAGGCAUCGUUGAGCUGAUGAAAGAAUGGCAGAAGGAGUACGGUAACGUCAUCACAUUCUGGUUCGGACCAAUACCAACAGUUCAUAUUUUGGACUUCGAGACAGCUAAAGAGAGAAAUGAUCGUCGUCAACGGCGCCGCUUAUGUGGACCGAUACACACCAAGGACGAGGUACGGUAUUCUCGAGCGGCGAUUUUUGGGCUGAUCAUCGUCGUUUCACUUUUACGAACCCUACGCGAUUUUGCACUGAAGAACAGCAUCAUGGAGGAGAGAAUCAUGGACGAGGUUCAGUACAAUUUCGCCAAACUGGAAGAAACUAUGGUGGAUGGAGAGACGAAGAUAAAUGCCGGAGAAUUUUUCGAUGUCCUUAUUGGCAGCGUCAUCAAUCGAAUCAUCUUUUCUGAACGUUUCACGAAAGAGAGUACUGCCGAAUUUUUCGAAGUGAAACAUCUGGUGGAUAAAGAAAUUAUGGGAUUGACAGCUUUUGGUAUGUCGCUGGAAAAGUGGACGCUCAACUUACCAAUACUUAAGUACAAGUGGAGAAAGCUCAUCGAACCUCAAGAAAAACUUGUGGAGUUUCUUCAGAAAAGACUAGAUCAGAGAAAGGAAGACAUCGCAUCCGGCAGGCAUUCUCUACAUGGAGACGGUGAUGAUUUUGUUGACGCUUUUCUGAUAAAGAUGGAAAAAGAUCGAAGAGAAGGUCGACAUCCUACGCAAGCAUACAAAGAAGACGAGCUACUGUACGAUGUUUUUGACUUAUGGAUUGCUGGUCACGAAACAACGGCAAUUACUGUAAUGUGGGGUUUCAUGCACUUGAUAAAAAACCCUACCUUCAAGUCUAAAACUCCAAUC